CCAAACGCUAUAUUCACCAUGAGAAGCUACCCCACCCCUAUCUUGAAAAACUACUGGCCUUUCGCCGUUGGUGCUGCCAUUUCUUUUGGCUUGAUUGUCAAGGCUGCCGAGGCCCUGAUGAACUCCGAUGAGUUCAUCAACGACCCAAGACACCCAAGGUUCGCCAAGGGUGGCAAGUUCAUUGACUUGGAGAAGAAAGAUUAA